AUGAUAUGGUCAUACUAUUGUCGUCAACAACAAAAACAGUCGUUCAGACAAUGGAUACAAACAUCGAGUAGUAGUAGUAGUAGUAGUGGUGGUUUGCUAUCCGAUCCAUGGAUCAGAUCGGUGUCACUGAUAAACGAUGACCACUGCGAUGGUAUGAAUAUUUUGCCGAUUGUCAACUGGUGUAGAAAACCGGUUGUCAUAAUCGGUCGGCUAUGUCUUGAGUGGACAUUUCCGGCACUAAUGGCUAACAAAAAAUUUCCAACAAUGGGUACCGGUUUUAUUGUCGACAAAUAUACCGAAAACAACACUAACGAACCCAUACUCAUGGCAGUGACCAACCAUCAUGUUGUCAGCGGAUUACCGACAGUGAGUUUGGCCAUGUAUUGGCAAAAUUCAUUGGAUUACGAUCUCUACGGUCGUGUGGUUUAUGUUGAACAGCACCGGGAUUUGGCGCUCAUAGAGUUUUCGGUUACGUCCGAUAUGUUUAACAAAACAAAGCCACUUGUACCUGAGCCCAAUCGACCGGCCGAUUUAGGCGAUCCGGUUCUAGCCAUUGGUCACGGACAGGUCGACUAUAACUGGUCAUCGGGUAUUAUACGAUCGUAUGGAUGUACGUUACGCCAUAUAAAUUCACAAUACGAUAUACCCGUUGAAUUUGAAUCCGAUGGUGACCAACAAUUUGUCCAACACUCGGCACCGGUUGUUCCCGGUUUUUCUGGCGGUCCACUUGUCGAUGACAGUUCCCAAUUGGUCGGUGUCAACGAUAAUGCCAACAUUAUAUUUAAUAUAUUUUAUAAUAUCACUGCUAUGGAUAUUAAUGAGUUUGUUAAUAGAGGAAAAUUGUAUAUUAAAAACAAUAGUAGACGACAACAACAAUUAAUAAUACCAAUAGAGGACAGGUAUAGAUCGGUAUCGGGAUUCAAGUUAGGACUGAUUGUCGAGAAAAACAUCAAAAACAAUAUAUUCUGUAUUAAAGGAUUACUUUAUAAAUCUAAGUUCAAAUAUAUAAAUUGCAAUAUUCAUACCGUUAAUGGUGUCCAGGUUACAGAUAUCAAGCAAUUCAAUGAUUCACUUAUUGGUACUAAUAAUGAUAAUAAUAAUAUUGAUUUAGUUGUCUGGGAAUCAAUAGACCAAACGUAUGGACAAAAAUCGCAAUUACCAUCCAGACUACCGGUGCUUAACUAUUCAGACACAGAAUUAUUAAGUUUGUUUGGUAUGCCAUCAGCAGCAGUAGCGGCAAUAGCUAUACAGACAUACAAUAAUAAUAAUAAUAAUUGGCUUAAACAUAGACAACCAUCGCUUAGACAAUGGUUUCAUACAUCAAACAGUAGUAUUGGUUUGUCAUCUAAUGGUCAUUCAUUGAUGUUAAGAUCGGUGAAGACACUGAUGGAUAAUCAUCAUAAUCGCCAACAACAGGCCAUCGGCGGCGAUGAUAUGGAUUUUAUUGAAAUUUUCGAUAAUAUCAAACAAUCGGUAUUUGUUUGCACCCAAUACAGCAACAACAGUACCGGUAGUGGUACGGGAUUUGUUGUCGACAACGAUGGCGAUUGUUAUCAUUUGAUUGUAACCAACUAUCAUGUAGUCAGGGGUAGUCCUAUGGUAUUACUGGAAGACUAUUUAUGUGUAUUUGAUUACGACAACUAUCCGUACGACUAUUGUAUUGUCGGUCGAGUGGUUUAUGUUGAAUUGGACAUGGAUUUAGCAUUGAUCGAGUUUGAAGAUUGGGAACAGUUUCCAAUACUACCGAUAGUCAAUUAUGCUAUCGAUUUUGGCGAUCCAGUGCUGACCAUUGGCCACGGUGAACGUGAUUUUAAUUGUCAUCCGGGUCUGGUCAGGGCGUACGGGUUUCGGGCCCGGGAUAUAUCCGACUAUUACGAACUGUUUCCCGAAUGGUUUAAAUAUGGCGACCAUGAAUUGGUGGAACAUUCGGCGGUAACUACUGGCGGUUUUUCGGGCGGUCCGAUGGUUAACAGCGAUAACCAAGUGGUCAGUGCCAAUGAAAUUCAAGUACGUCGAACUAAUUACUAUAAUAUUCCCGCCAAUGAUAUUAAUGAAUUUAUUCAAAGAGGACAACAGUAUCUCUCUAGCGGUUUAUGGCUAAUACCUGAGGACAGGUAUAGAGUUAGAUCGGGACUAAAGUUAGGACUAAUUAUUGUUAAAGAUUUUCUUGAAAAUAAUAAUUAUUAUAUUGUGGACGAAAUUUGCAAAAAUUACUGCCGUCAAUUAGGUGAUGCACUCACUGAUAGUCAAAUCAAUAGUUUAAUUAAACUUAAAUUUUUGGGUGGACUGUCAGCUGAUCUACAGGUGCUUGACUAUACUGACCAAGAUUUGCCAAUUGUUUUUUAA